GCGAUGGUGGCGUUCGCGGCUCUAUUGCUGCCUCACGAGGUUGAGGUCUUGAGCAUCCGCCCUCCUCCUGCUGGUCCGGUUGGUCUCCGUCAUACCUCGAAUCCUCUACGUCUCCUCACCCCGCGCCCCUUCCACCAAAAGCCGAGGCAUCCGACGAGGGCAGGGGAUGAUGUACGUGUUCGGAUGGUCGGUGCCGAGUCUCUGUUCGUGGCCAACAACCUGGCUGCUGUUCCUCUCUGGUCGCUGAUGAUCUUGUUCCCCAAGAGCAGGAAAGCUCAGUCUGUGAUGAGCUCCAUGGCGAUCUUCCUGCCUUUCAUCGCAUUGUAUGUGUUUAACCUCAUCACGUCCUUCACCAAGCCGGAGAUUUCAGUAGCGGCCUCCAGUUUUUCAUCCUUGUCUGGGCUUGCAGCUCUGUUCUCACAUCAAGCUGUUGUUUCUUCCAGCUGGUCUCAUCACAUCUGCUUCGACCUCUUCGUCGGACGCUGGAUCUUCUUCGAUGCGCUGAGGAACCGAGUGCCUGCCACCUUGAGCCUGAUAGCGACGAUGCUCUUCGGGCCUAUUGGACUACUCCUUCACCUCAUCACGCGCAUCUUGCUGUCCAAGGAGGGCCCCAAGGAUGCCCUGACGGAUGGAGUCACCGACAGCCUGUCCGAUGAGAACCUUCUUAGGAUGGUGGACGACAACUGACGGAGAGGAGGAGCCGCCACACACCGACAUCAACUGCAAGAGCGCAAGAAUACGGAAUGCGGGGAUGUAGAAUGAUAGAACAGUUCAUUUUGAAUGUUAAUAUCCCUUGAAGACUACAACCAACU